UAGGCUCGGCAUCAUUUGUGUCUGUAAACGGUAAACAUGUAUUCAUGCGCGACAAAAAUACCAACAAACCUCACCACUCAUGUAUGCAACCACUGAUAGCAACAACCAUCCGGAUGUAAAUUGAUUUGCGUCUAUUGCAUGCAGCAUGCAGCCCACUGCGGGAUUCCUGUGGAUUAUAAAUAUGUUGUUGCUGAGCAUUAUAAAAUCUCUGUAUAAAAAUCCUAUUUGCAUAUUCAAAUUAAACUGUUGAUAAUUCAGCUAUAAUAGUUAAGGGUUAUGAAAAAUGAACAAUUCAACGCCAUCAACACACGUUACACCGCAAGAUGUGGUUCACUCAGAAGUGGAGAAGUGGCAGUGCCUGGAGUGGCUGCAGGGUAUCAACAACAGUGCCAACAUCCCGUCCUUUGUGCUGCUCUCUGUCCUGACCAUCUGUGGCGUCUUCGGCAACUCGCUCAUCCUGAUGGUGUACUCACGUAAAGUUAACAAAACCCCGACGGUCACUCUCAUACAGGUCAUCGCCUUCGUGGACCUGAUGACAAAUGUGGUCAUCAUUCCAGGUACAAUCUACACCAUUCUACACACUGUGACCUACACUAACGUUAUCGUAUGUAAGGGCUACUACUUUCUCAACAGUUUUACAGCCUGGACAUCGGCGAUUCUAUUGGUCAUAGUGGCCAUAAUAAGGUCGGUGUGUGGAGCAAAAUAUUAAACGUGGCAACAUGUAACACUAAUGAGAAUAAAUGUC